AUGUACGCUACGCCGACGCAGCUAAGCACCGCCAGCAGUUCCCCACAGCAGCGGCUGGGUGACCCCCAGAACAUGGCGGUGUACUCGCCGCGGAAGAGGUAUGGAGUCGUGGAGAAGCGUGAGCCUGUGGAGGUUUCAUUUGGAGUGGGAACGCGCCCGAACAACGGUGCCACGCUUGGCUUGCCGGAGAAGCAGUGCAAGUACUGUGGCAAUGUGUUCCUGGAGGACUCGGCGUUUUGCCGGAACUGCGGCAGGAAGCGCGAGGUGGAGCCAACGGCUUAUCGCCGCGCAUUGAACGUUGCCCCGAAGUCGGAAGCCUCCGAAGCUUCGGUGAGCCCGCAGCGAUAUUGGCAAGUUGAGCCGCUCACGACCUCGGGCUCGGGCAGAGAGCGCCCUUGGCGCCAGCAGGAGACGCCUCAGCCGGCUCAGCCCAGGCCGGCGCCAGCCAAGGAGAAGCCGUCGACUCUGGGGGAUGACAGCAUGGCGGCCACCAGCGGGUCGGCGCGCGACUCACUGAGGGGCCUCGCUGCUGAGCGCGAUCGACUCCAGCGCCAGGUGCAGGAGAUGCGAAGCGAUGCAUCGAAUACCAGACAGGAGACGAGCCAGGGCAUUGUUCCGCAUUGUCCGCGCUUUGUGUUGCACUACGCUUUGUUGACGGGUCAGUGCUAG